AUGUCUCCAAUCACCAACAACCAAGCCGCCUGGGCGCCUACCGAAAAUGCGAAACUUGAAGUGGGACCUGGUCCAAUACAUGACCACGACCCGCUUAGUCUCCCUUAUCCCUGGAUCUUUGGUGGAGACGUCUCGGGCACAAUCGUCCAACUCGGAUCCGUCGUAACCCGUUUCCAGAUUGGCCAACGAGUCUUAGGACAAUGCGACAGCCUUUUCACACGAACCGUUCAACAUUCCGGAUUCCAACGCUAUGCUACUUGUCGCGAGGUUCUCGUUUCUGUGGUUCCGGACAGUGUUCCGCUGGCAAGUGCUGCAGUGUUACCACUUGCUACCUCAACAGCUGCGGCGGGACUCUUUAAAGUUUUGCAAUUGCCGCUUCCAGUGCUUGAGCCUGUUCCAACGGGGAAAAGUAUUUUGAUUUGGGGUGGUACAGUAGCAGCCGGCUACACUGUAGUCACCACUGCUGGAGCCCAAAACCACGAUUUUGUCAAAAGCAUUGGCGCCACCCAUGCUUUCGAUCAUAAAUCACCAACCGUGGUCCAAGACAUCCUGAAAGUACUAAAAAAAGGCGACUCCGUAUUCGAUUGCAUUGGAGAAGCUUUUACUCAAAAGUCCUGUGGCGAAAUUAGUCACCAUAUUGAUGCCGGGAAGUUUGCUUGUCUAGGGUAUCCUUUACCAAAUGAGUAUGGUGUUGAGUCUGUGAUGAAGCUAGGGGCUAUGCAUUUCGAUUUAGGUGACGCGGUUUGGCGGAAAUACCUACCAGCGGCAUUGGCUGCGGGAAAGUAUUUAGCUAAGCCCGAUCCGGAAGUUCUUCAAGGCGGAUUGGAAAGAGUGCAGGAUGGCAUGGAUAUCGUUCGAAAAGGUGUAUCAGCGAAGAAAAUUGUCAUUGAGGUUGCAAAGAAAGCAUGA